AAGGGGGUCUGGGAGCAGAAUCGUGAAAAAUACAGGUACAGCCAAGCUGCUCAUAUUGGUGAUUGUAUUAAACGUGGAGGACAAAAGAAUUACUCCCCACAUCUCCUAAUCUUCGAUUUACAGAAGAACCAGGGGAUCGACCAAGCAUUUGCAAAUGUAGACUUGUGCGGAAGAGGGUGGUUGCAAGCCUUGACCCUCAAUUCGUACCAUUUACCGCUAAACGAUGAGGCUCUGGGAACAAUGGCGAGAAAUUUCGAGAAAUGGGUACAGCGGCACUGGCCGAUUUGGGCUACUGUAGGGGCUACAAAGCUAGGCCUGGAUGGUAUGAGGGUCGAGAUUGAGGUAGUCACUCAUGAUUCGCGUACAGCAAAGUGA